AUGACAGAUUUUCAGCCGCUACAGCAGAAGCCCGAGCCUGCUGAUUCUCAUACCGAGUUUGAGAGGGGACUGGAGGAGUUUAUGCGUGGGCACUUGGAUGAUUGUAUGUCAUUUGCUUCGUGUAGCUCCUCCCGUGCACCUGAUGAUGAGGAUGACGAGAGCGAUCAGCUGGUUCGGAGGAGACGCAGGUCUGACCUUGAAGGGGAUGAUUUGGCAGAGUCGUCCGCCGCACGCCGGCGGCAUUCAAGGAUUUUGAGCAGAUGGGCUGCACGGCAGGCACAGGAGAUGAUAACUACUAUUGAGAGGAGGAAUCGAGAGUCUGAGUUGAUGGCGCUUGCGGGUUUACAUACUGUGUCAAUGUUGGAUUCUUCUUUCCUGAGGGGCUCACAGUCUCCAACUUCUGGCCAGGAGGGGGCUGUGGAGAGACCAAGCACUCAGGCGUCUGCCAUUCUGCAGAUGUGGCGUGAAUUGGAAGAUGAACAUUUGUUGAACCGGGCACGGGAAAGGAUGAGGGUAAGGUUGCGGCAGCAAAGGAGUUCUGACUCUAAUACCCAUGUGUCCAGUAACAUGUCUGAUAGUCGAGGCAGUGAGAAUCAAGGGAGUUUGGGGGAUGCAAGUGAAAGUGAAAACGAUUAUGGUACUUGGUCACAUGAUCAGAUUAGGUCGAGAAAUGCACAUGGGGAUCAUAAUGUGUCUAGCAGGGAGCAAUCUCCUGAUCUUGGCGAAGUUGAGAGGGAGAGAGUUAGGCAGAUUGUUAGGGGGUGGAUGGAAAGUGGCAUUAGUGAUCAUUCAUCCAAUGUGAGUCAGAGAAACAAUAACCGGAGAGCAGAAUGGCUUGGAGAAACAGAGCGUGAGAGGGUAAGAAUUGUCAGGGAAUGGGUGCAAAUGACCAGCCAGCAGAGAGGUUCCCGUGGGAGCCGGAGGGAUUCUCAAGUAAGUGAGGGUGGUCAAGCUGAUCGAGGCCGUGAUGUAGCCGAUAAUGAUGAGAGUCAGCCAGAGCAUGUUCGGCGGGAUAUGUUGAGGCUGCGUGGAAGACAGGCUCUAGUUGAUUUGCUUGUCAGGGUAGAAAGGGAAAGGCAAAGAGAGCUGCAGGGAUUGUUGGAGCAUCGAGCUGUCUCUGAUUUUGCUCAUCGCAAUCGUAUUCAGUCACUGCUUAGAGGUAGAUUCCUUCGAAACGAAAGAACAGUUGAAGAUGAGAGGCCACCAUCUAUGGCUGCAAGUGAACUAGUUCAGCUAAGACAACGGCAUACAGUCUCUGGUUUAAGGGAGGGUUUUCGAUCAAGAUUAGAAAAUAUUGUUCGUGGUCAAACAGGCACCAAUCCUGAUACCACAUCAAAUAGUAAUGCCAUUGAAACAAGAGGGGAUGAAAACCAAGCAAACAGUCUAGUUAAUGGCCAACAAGAACAUUAUGAACAACAGCAGAUUAGGAGCCUGGAAGCUGAUGUGCGUCAGUUGCCUAAUCGGACAGGAACUUUGGAGAGUAGCACAAGUGAGAAUAUUAGUUGGCAAGAAGCUAGUAACCAAGGAGGGAAUUGGCAGGAACAAAUUGCUGAAGAUGGGGGAGGAAACUGGCAACAGAGUCCAUUCUCUCAGACGAGAGAUGGAAGGGCAGUCAAUGAUUGGCCACAGGAACCUCCCAGGAAUUUAGCUGGGGAAGAUCCUCAUCCUCGAGAAGCUCAAAGAAUUUGGCAUGAGGAUAGCACAAGGGAAACUGCUAGUAAUUGGUCUGAAGGAGCUUCUGGAGCUUCAAGGAAUCAUCGUGGGGUUCCUGUGAGAAGAUUCAAUAGAUUUCAUCCACCUGAUGAUGAUAAUGUAUACAGUAUGGAGCUUAGAGAACUUCUGAGCAGGAGGAGUGUUUCUAACCUUCUUCGUAGUGGAUUCCGUGAAAGUCUGGACCAACUAAUACAGUCAUAUGUGGAAAGGCAAGGUCGUGCACCAAUUGACUGGGAUUUGCAUCGGAACUUGCCAACGCCAGCUCCUGCUUCACCUGAACGGGAGCCAGACCAGCGGGGUGAUGAACGAGAUGAGGGUCAGAAUGAAACAAUUAACAGACCUUCAUUAGUGUUGCCAACUCCACCAGUGCCUCCGCCACAACCUAUGUGGCACCAGGAUUUACAUCAAACUGGAUGGUCACGCCAUAGCAUACAUCGUUCCGAAAUUGAGUGGGAGAUAAUGAAUGAUUUAAGAUCAGAUAUGGCUAGACUUCAGCAAGGCAUGAAUCACAUGCAGAGGAUGUUGGAGGCGUGCAUGGAUAUGCAACUGGAGUUGCAGCGUUCUGUUAGACAGGAAGUAUCUGCAGCUCUGAACCGCUCCACUGGUGAAAAUGGAUUGGGUGCUGAGACAUCUGAUGAUGGGUCUAAAUGGGGGCAUGUGAAAAAAGGAACUUGCUGUGUUUGCUGUGAUAACCAUAUCGAUUCACUUUUGUACAGAUGUGGGCACAUGUGUACUUGUUCAAAAUGUGCCAAUGAGUUAAUUCGUGGUGGUGGUAAGUGUCCUUUAUGCCGAGCACCAAUUGUUGAGGUGGUCCGAGCAUAUUCCAUACUGUAA